AUGCACGUUGCCCUCGCUCAACAGGCUUACCCUACCGUUCCCGUCGCCUCAACAAAGUGGAACGCCGGUGCUGCCGUCAACAUCAAGUGGAAACUCAACGCUCCCGCUGCCACCGCCGGUCUCAAGAUCGACCUCCUCACCGGUGACAACCCCCAGAGCCAGAAAGUCGUUGCUACCUUGGGAACCGGUGCCCCCGGUGCCACCUCGUUUGCCGCCACCUUGCCCGCUAACUUGAAGUCUGCUUACUACAGUGUCCGUAUUGGAGACUCGUACACGUCCUACUUCCUCAUCCAGGGUGAGGGUCCCGUCCCCACCGGUCCUCUCCCCACCCCCGUGACCACCACUGUCACCACCACCGUCCCUGUUACCACUACCUCUAAACCUGUCCAGUCUACCUCGACCUUUGCCCCUCUCCCCGUGAUUACCACCACCCCUGCUGGCGCCAAGCCCACCGGUAGCGGAGCUGGUUUCUUGAAGGCCGGUGUCGUUGCCCCCGUUGCUGCCGCUGCCGUUGCCGUCGUCAUGGCCAUUGCCUUUUAA